AUGGCUGCAAAAGCCCUCAUCCCUGCUCUCUUCUUUUGCUUCCUUUUCUCUAUCUCCACCAUCAGCCAUAGCUACAGAUUUUAUCCUCCUGUGAAACCCUGCAAAGAACUCGUGUUUUUCUUCCACGAUAUCCUGUACAAAGGCUACAACAGAGACAAUGCAACUGCAGCCAUAGUUGGGGCACCAGACUGGGGUAACAAAACAGCAGUGGCUUCCCCAUUCAACUUCGGAGACUUGGUCGUUUUCGACGAUCCCAUCACUUUGGACAACAAUCUGCAUUCACCUCCGGUGGGAAGAGCACAGGGCAUGUACCUUUAUGAUCAGCAAACUACCUAUUCUGCUUGGCUUUCUUUCUCCCUCGUCUUCAAUUCCACAGAACACAAGGGUUCCCUCAAUUUUGCUGGUGCUGAUCCAUUGCUCAACAAGACUAGGGAUAUUUCGGUCAUAGGUGGAACUGGUGACUUCUUCAUGGCUAGAGGGAUUGGCACUUUGUCGACUGAUGCAUUUGAAGGAGAUGUCUAUUUCCGGCUGAGAGUUGAUAUUAAGUUGUAUGAAUGCUGGAAGUGAUUGAUUGAUGGUACAAUUCAAUGGCUUUCAGCUUGG